CGGAAGGCGCUCGGUCGGGAAGGGGCCUGAAGGGAAGUCCCGCCUCUGCCGCGGACGCCGCCACGUACUUGGCCGGGUCCGCAGGGGCGGGCAGGUGAGGGCCUCGGUGUGCCGAGACCCCGUUUUCGACCGUGCGAGAUUUGAUUCCGGAGCUGCCAUGAUUGAAGUGGUAGCAGAGCUGAGCCGAGGUCCUGUGUUUCUGGCGGGGGAGGCGCUGGAGUGUGUAGUGACGGUCACCAACCCCCUGCCCCCCACGGCCACUUCUGCAUCCAGUGAGGCUCUGGCCUGGGCCAGUGCCCAAAUCCACUGCCAGUUCCAUGCAAGUGAGAGUCGAGUAGCACUACCUCCCCCUGACUCCAGUCAGCCAGACGUCCAGCCGGAGAGCCAGACUGUCUUUCUACCGCACCGAGGUGAGAGAGGUCAGUGUAUCCUUUCCACUCCACCAAAAAUCCUUUUCUGUGAUCUGAGGCUAGAUCCCGGAGAGUCCAAAUCAUACUCCUACAGUGAAGUGCUGCCCAUAGAGGGACCACCCUCCUUUCGGGGUCAGUCAGUCAAGUAUGUCUACAAACUGACCAUUGGCUGCCAGCGUGUCAACUCACCCAUCACUUUACUCAGGGUUCCUCUGAGGGUUCUUGUGCUGACAGGCCUUCAAGAUGUCCGGUUUCCCCAGGAUGAGGCUGUAGCCCCAUCUAGUCCAUUCUUGGAGGAGGAUGAAGGUGGGAAGAAGGAUUCAUGGCUAGCUGAGCUGGCUGGGGAGCGCCUCAUGGCUGCCACAUCCUGCCGCAGCCUCCAUCUAUACAAUAUCAGUGAUGGCCGAGGAAAAGUUGGGACAUUUGGCAUCUUCAAAUCUGUAUACAGACUCGGCGAGGAUGUGGUGGGGACCUUAAACUUAGGGGAAGGAACUGUAGCUUGUUUGCAGUUUUCAGUAAGCUUACAGACUGAGGAGCGUGUACAGCCCGAGUACCAGAGGCGCCGCAGGACGGGGGGUGUCCCCUCUGUGUCUCAUGUGACUCAUGCCCGGCACCAGGAGUCCUGCCUGCAUACAACCAGAACCAGCUUCUCUCUCCCCAUCCCUCUCAGCUCCACCCCAGGCUUCUGCACAGCCGUUGUGUCCCUGAAGUGGCGAUUGCAUUUUGAAUUUGUAACAUCGCGAGAACCAGGUUUAGUGCUUCUACCUCCCUUGGAACAGCCUGAGCCUGUCACCUGGACUGGGCCUGAGCAAGUGCCUGUAGACACCUUCAGCUGGGACCUCCCCAUCAAGGUGCUGCCCACAAGCCCUACCCUGGCCUCAUAUGCAGCCCCAGGCCCCAGCACCAGCACCAUAACCAUCUGAAACUGGCUCACCGUGACACUUUCUUCAGGAUACUAAGAACUCAGCACCUGGACUCUAGUAGGGCCCAUUUUCCCCACAUGGGGUCCAAUGGCACGGACAAUGAGAGGCAGGCUUUCAGCUGUAGCAUUAAUUUAUUUAUUCAGAAUAAAUUGGCAGCUGCUAGUGGUUUCCCUGGAAGUGGCAGCAGCAGUGGGCAGUCAGCAGAAGGGUGAUCAGUUGAGUUUAGCUGGAGUGGGGAGCAGGAGCCCCAGGAGCAGGGGUGUUAGCUGAGCCCCAUUCUGGGUCGGGCCCUCCCCCUUUGCAGGGUAGCCGAGGGUCAGAUUUUUGCACCAGGGAGAAUUGGCAGGUUCCUGCCUCCUGACGUACCUCACAGCCCGCGGGGAAGUCGAUGGGAUGCUGGGACCUGGGGAACCAAAGGAUGGGAAAGGAGUCAGCACAGUGAAGGGCCAUCUUUAUCCCUGCCCCACACUUGCUCUCUGCCAGCAUUCCUCCCAUAUCUUUAGUGCCCUCUUGGUCCCCUAACUAAGCUCUCGCCUACCAUAUAUGGAUUUUUUCAUUUCAUAGCAGAAAUAUUUUCUCUCCGGACCCACCCCUACAUCCCCUCACUUUGUAGCCUGCAGCCUUAUCUCUCAAACUCUUGUUGGUACCUUCAGGUUCGGCCAGCCUCAUACCUCUGUUCUGUUCAUUCUCACAUCACAGCAAUAUGGUUACACCCUGGCCAGCCCUCAGUAACUUAUGUCAGAGCCAUUCUCUAUGGCCAUCUUCGGUCACUCACGUGUCACAGCAGCCCACACCGACGGGAUGCAGACAGGUACAAUGGAAACAGUCCUUGCGGAGCCAAGAUUCACCCAGGGUAAAAUACUUCCCUUCAUAGUGGCAGGGGGCUAGGGAAGAAUAGGAAAUAUUAGGGUGUUUGGGAGUGGUGGUGGCAGACAGGAUUGCUUGUGGUCUGGAGUGGGAGAAAGUAAGUGCAUAUCACCCCCAUUUUUAGUCUCUCCUGUUUCCGAGCUGGGGGGAGUCUGGGUAUUCCGAUAGAGGAUCAUCUCUAAGCCCCCCCAGAUCAUCUCUAAACCCCAGCUCCCUCUGUCCCUGUCCUUUCCUAAUGCCUCCCCCAGCUUUACCUUGAGCUUGGAAGUAGCACUUGCUGUGGACUCCUGGCUGCUGGAGGAGCAGAGAGAUCACCAAGCAGAUGAUCCCCCAACUUCCCAGGACCCCCUUCGCCUGUCCAGUCCAGCGCAUCCUUAGGGUCAUUCCUGUGCACAGCCCUCGCGAUCCCUUCUUGGUCUCUGUUCAGGCUACUCUGGCUUGUCUCUGGCUUUUCUUUGUUUUUCUCCUUGGGUCUUAGUUUCUCUCUUUCUCCCCUGGGCUCCUGUCUCACACCAUCUCCGUGCCCUCUGCUCUCGCAGGCUUGGGGAUGUUUAUAAAGUGAGGACCCUGGCCCCCUGCUGAGUAGAGCUGGAAAAGCUGUAAGUCUGUUUCCUGAGGUGAGGGCAUGAAAACAAGAGGUCUAGCUUUAACAAGCUGUGAGAGCUGAUUCAUGCCCCGGCACAGCUGGGGAGGGAGGUGGCCAUGGAAGGGGCACUGGAUUGGGCACUUCCCCAGCAAGGAGGUGGGAGGGGUGAGGGCCCCCAGGUGGUCCCUACAUCUCUUCCCUGACCUGGAGAGAAGGAAGCAUUCCCCCCCCAACACACACACUCCAGGGGUGUGUGUGCUGGGAUCCUUGCCUGGACCGGAGGGAGGCAUUUCCUGGGGAUGGCUAAUCCUGUGCCCCAGCCAAACCAAGGAGCUGCAGUAGGGUGCGACAGCCAGAGGCUCCAGGAGAGCGAACAGGCUCCUGGAGUGCAGAAUGUUUCUCAGACCCUAGGGCAGAGUCUCCCGGAAGUAUCCUAGAGACAUGGCUGCCCCACAGAGAUGGGGAGGUAGGUGUCUCUUUUCCACAGGCAUACUGAGGAUGCAUUGUUCCAUACCUCCAAACAUACAGCAGAUAUAAGAUCUUCCCAUAUCUGGGGAUGGUUCUUUCAAAGAGGAACAUCUUUAAAUGCCCUGAUGGUGUGAGUCAGUGCAGUUUCACAGAGGUACCCCUCUUUCCUAUUGUACAUUAUGGAAUGAGAAUUGAGGAAUCCUCUGACAUCCUCUUUUGGGUUUCCUGCAGGUUCUAGAGACCCCCAAGGUGGGUGAUUAAGAGCAUAGGUUAUAGAGUCAGACUAGUUGAAUUCAGAUCCUGAUUCUACUUGAGACUGUGUGACUUUGGGCAAGCCACUUCACCUCUCUGUUUCCUUAUCUUUACAUUGGGAUAGUAAUAUUAACUCAUAGGAUUGUUAAGAGGCUUUCAAUGAGGUAAUGCAUGUAAUGCUGUUAGUAGUGUCCCUGGCACAUGGCCCUCAGAAAAUAUUAGCUCCUGUGAUUGGUGCUAGAGCUCAGAGACAAAAUAGGUAUGUUCAUUGUUUGAAUCACUUCGAACAGCUCUGCAUUGCUGAGGGCUUUUGUUGGGGGCUGCUAUCUCCUACCACAGACUUCCGCCCUUUUCACAUUUAUGUUCCAUGUUGUCCUUACCACCUCCAGUUUGAGAAACAGUGUUGCUGGUAAACCCACUUUUCCUAGGUCAGUACCCUCACUUUUGCCCUGGGAAGAGGUGUCAUUUUCUCAUCCUUCCAGCUAACUUUGGGACUCCUGCUUUUCACAUUAGGAUUCUGAUCCAUUGUGUCCCAUCCCCACUCAUGUGAACUCUCAAGUUCUUUUUUUCUGACCACUCCAAAAUGCUGGCCAUCUCUUUGCUACAGUUUGCCACACUCCAAAGACCCUAUCCUAGCUGUUCCCCUCCUAUGCAGAGGGCCGAUCACUCUGACAUUCUGUUUUUCCUUCUAAGUCUCCAGUCCCUUUUACUUCAAGACUCCCAUUCCGUCACCCAGUGGAUCAGCUACAACUACUUCUGGCUGAGCUUUUUAGAGGGCUACCCUGCCUCAGCUCUUGACCAUUCAGAAACAACUUCAUCCAUCCACCUCAGACUCCCUAUCUGUUCUCUUCCCAGUAGAGAGCUUAAGUGGAUGGAGAUGCCGACUGUACCACAUGGUCACCCUAGUCAGGUCUGAUACCCUUUCUGUUUCAGAGGAGUACCAAGAGAAAAAAGGAAACUCAUGGUUGAAGCAGGGUGCCCUGAUACAGGCUUGUGUGUGGGAUACAUGGCUGGAGGAGGUGGAGGAGAAGGCCUUUCUAGCACAAGGGCCCAGACCUCUUGUCAGUGGUCAGUAGCUCUGCUGCUGCCUUUCUGGGGAAGGGGGUCCUGCUGACACCCUGAAAGUCUGGACCAGUCUUUUGCUCCUGCAACCUGGAGCCAACCCAGUAGGGGGCAGACACGACUGGGAAGCUGGGAAGCUUGAAGUUGAUGCUGAUGCUGGAAGGCAAAGGGGGCCCAGUGGGAAUUGGUUUGUGUGAGAUAAUGGGGACCGAAGUGAGAGCCGCGUGUAAUGAAGAUAAGGUAGGCAUAUGGGCAGGAGUAGGGGGCUUCUGGAAAGAAAGGCUGGGGCUGAGCCAGGAUCCCUCUCUCCGAAGUUGUGGGGCGGUGGGUGUCGGGAAGGUGUUGGUUGAACCCACUUGCAUUCCUGCUGGUGUGUGUGCUCCAGCGUGCGUCUCCAGCCGUUUGGGGUCGGAGUCCACGCUUGUGGUUGCUGUGUGUGUGUGCUUGUGUGUUGGGGAUGUCAGUAGUAGGGCCCAAUUCUGUGAUUCUUGGGGCAGCGGUCGUUGGGGAUGCCAGUUGGGGGGGGGGGGCGCGGCCGGGAGGGGGCGGUUGGCGCUCACUGCCCGCGCGCGCGCGCGGACAGAAAAAACAUCCGCCGGAGGCCCAGCCGGGCGGCGCUCCAGCGGCGCCGGGCAGGUGCGCGUGGUGAGGAAGUGAGCGCAUUCCGGCCCCCCCGGCCGCCGGCCCUCCGGUGAGUCACCGCCGACCCCCGCUGCCCGCCACCGGAUGGAGGGACCGGCCGCGGCGGGGAGAUUUGGGUGGCCGGAGCCCCCGAGGGUGGCUGGGCCGGGGUAGCCCGGCGAGGGAGUUAAGGGGGAGGGGCCCUGCGGGGUCCAGGUCCUGCUUCUACCCCAGGCGCGAACCCCCUAGUAGACACCGAAUACAGUCUGUGACUGGAGGCAGGCGGGGAAUGUCCCUUGGGAGAAUUUUGGGGUGGGAGGGCAGGGAGAAGGCCCCAGAGAGCUGGCCUAGGGGAGGGAAAGGGGCCCCGGGGCAAAACGGCAAGUGGGUGAGGUGGUGCAGGCGCCCCAGGGAGGGGCGGAGUGCGGGGCUGCGGAGCGAGAGCGCAGCGGACUGGAGUGCGGGAGGACCGCAGCGCCAGUGUAGGCCUUGGCGAGCCAGAACCUGUAGAUGGAAGGAGACUUCCACACCAGGUAGGAAGGUGGAAAUGGCCAGACCCCAGAGAUAAGGUCUGUCCAGAGGUCUGUGCGCUCGGACAGUGGAGGCUAGGUUUUGGGGGUAGCGGGAUUUAGGGUUAGAUAGGUAUUGUUGUGGCUAUGUCAUUAAAGGCUUUGAAUGCUGGCCUGAGGAUUUGGGAUCUGGCCUUGCAGGUGCAAUCCACGGCCUCUGAGAAAGAAGAGCAGUGAGUGACUUAAGGGCGAGGUUAUAUGUGUCUAACAUUACUGCCUGCCAUUUGGCCUUUGCCAAAGAAUUAGGCAUUGAUGUGCUAAUUUUAAUAGUCAUUUAAAAUCAUAUAACUGCAUUUAUCAAACGAUUAAAUGUUGAUGUUUUAAAAAUAGAAAAGUUGAAAAAUCUGGUUCAAUAUUUGAUUUGGAACCCUCAGUGAGGCUAUCAAGAUUAGUUGUAUGGCAUUGUCAUGCUUUUGUGCCAUUUUCCCCUUGCUGACUUGAGUGAAUUCUGUGUUUCUAAUGCCCCAUUUCUGUUAUCAGCACAACACAUCUCAUUUCCCCCUCCCUCAUCUUAUGGUCUUUAUUUUUAACCUUAGCUUUUUUCUGUGUAGCCCUUUAACCUGUCCUAUGAAUCGUGAACCAAGUAAAACAUUUCUUGGGGUGGGGCAAUAGGCUACAGUAUAUAAAGACAAAUAACUCGGUUUUAAGUAUAUAUUAAGUUACUUACUAUUUUCUGUGGACAUACAUGUAACUACAAAGUUUCUGUUUUUACCCCGUAGCUGAUAAAAAGAGAAAGCUAAAGGUGUUUUAUUCACAGUAGCAUUACUAUAACAGCAUUUAUUAGCCUGAUUGCUAAAAUUAACUCUACAAUGGUAUUUUGUACUUUCUCAGAAACUGACACUAAUUCUGUCAUGAUCUUUAUAGUUUAUUUUAUUUUGGGCCAAAGGCAAUUGCAGGGAGUAGGAUCUUUAUAAUUUAUUUUAAAGAUCUUUAAAUCCUGCAGUUGCCUUUGGCCCCAGACAAGAAAAUCUGGGUCAGUUAAUUAAAAAAAAAAAAGAAAAUAAUUUCCUACUUUGGGCCCUGUUGCUUUCUCCUGUGCUGUUUCAGGCCCAGCUCUACCUUAUUCCCAGUGGCUUUUGCCUUCAUUCCUCCUUUGCUCUGCUGGGCAUCUUUAGAGGAAAACUUCACACCAACUUCCUCUACCAUAAAUUCUCUCCCUUCCCUUAACUCUACACUUCUCUUUGCCAACAUACACCACUACUUCUUCAUUGAUUUUUUUUUUUUUUUUUUUUUUUAAGCCCACAGCCCUCUCUGGCUCUUUUCCAUCUUUAACACUCUUGUUGAAAUCUUCCUUUUUCUGCCUUUCUCUUUGAUAAGACCUUUUUUUUUUUUUUUUAAAGGUUGGAUUUUAUUUAUUCUGCAUGAUCUUCUUCUGUCUUCCUUCCUCUUCUCACCUUUUUCUGAUUCUGGACUGUUUGUAAACCCUGUUAUGCUUGCUUUCACCAAGGCUUCAACCUUCCCCUUAGGAUUAAGCUCUUCUUCCUCUAAGAUGCUUAUGUUUCCACUGUUUUUCCUACAAGAAUAAGAGUUUUCAAAUUUACAUCUACUUCAGUCUCUUCUUCCAGUAUUUUGCAUCCAGAAGCGUGACAUGGUCAAUUGUAGAGUCCAUUGAAUGACCCCACUUAAGCUUGGUGUUGUGCUAGCCACUAAAGAGUGAAUUUCACAAUUCUGGGGCCAGAUUCCUCAGUGCUUACCAACAAUGGAUGUUACUGCAUGUGUGUGCGUGAAUUCUCUCACGUACACAUAUACACUAAAAUGCACAAAUAAUAUAACAAGUCAGUACAUGUAUAUGAAUAUAUAUUCAGUAUGUUUCAUUAUAAUCAAGCCAAGUACAUUUUGGGGUGCAAGAUGAGGAUGGGUUAAGUUCAUAGAUAGAAUAGAAAGUUAAGAGACCUCAUCCUUUGGCAUUCUCUAUUGAGAUGAGAAGGAUGAGAGGAGCUGUUCCUGUGCAGAUGAUGAGAUCACAUGAAGGAGACUGAGUUUCAGGAGUUGAGAGAGAUGACAAAUAAGACUGUGGUGAAUGGCAGGAGAAUGGGAUGGAGGGGCCAGAGUCCCAAGAACAUUCAAUUGCUAUGCUUAGCCUGGUGUUCUCUCUGGCAGAGAAUAUAAAAGAUCCUCUGGUUCUAGUACUGAUUUCAACUCUGGUUGAGUUUCCAUUAAUAACCUAUGUUGAAGUUUUCCUACCUUGUCUCUGAACCAUUGGUACCAUUCUUAACAAGUUCGUGUAAUUCAUGAUAGCCCAUACCACCAAUAAUUAACCCCUAACUAACCACCAUUAAUUUUGACUAAAUUCCCUGUCCACUUAUAUGUUUUCAUUGUUCCUGCCUGCUCUACGAUCUGCUUGUGGCAGGAGUGACUUUUGAAAUUCUAUUUAUGACUCUACUUUUAUCUUAUUUGGAAAUUGCUCUCUUAAAAUUACAGACUCAGAACUAGAUACUUAGAAGGCGUCUAGUUCUUCGUUACUUCUGAAAGAUGAUCAGGUAGGUCUUUGCUUGACUAUCUCUACUGAAUGAAAUGGGUUACUUCCUCUUGUGGUCAGAGGCUGCCCAUUCUACUGUUAUCUGGCUUUAGCUACUAGAGGGUUGUUAAGCUGAAAUCUGUCAUGUUAUGGCAUCUCAUUUUCCCCCCUUAAUUCUACUUUUUGAAACAACAUGGAAAAAAAUCUACUUGUUUUUCAAUGUGGCAGCUCUUUAAAGAUUUUAAAAGGUUCGUUUUUUGUUAGCUAUUUGUCUAAGCUUUCUUCUUUACUACAGCACUGUCCAAUAGAACUUUCUGUGAUGAUGGAAAUGUUCUCUACCUGUCCUGUCUAAUCCCUAGCCACUAGCCACAUGUGGCUUUUGAGCACUUGAAAUAUAGCUAGUGUGACUAAGAAAUGAAAUUUUAAAUUCUAGUUAAUUUAAAUUUAAAUAGCCCCAUGAGGUGAGUGACUUGUGUUAGUACAGCUCUAAACCCUGGGAGUUAGUUUAUUGUCAUAUGGCUGUCUUUUGGCUGCUCCAGAAAUCUUCUGGUCAUGUCAAACAUGGUAAAAAUGUGUGUAACUGGGCUCUUGAUCUGUCUAAAGGCCAGUACCUAUUGUCACAACUGAGAAAAGAUGCAGACCCAAUCCCCAAAGCCCUGAUGAAUAAUGUCAGAUUUUACUGAAGAUUCCUUGGAAGGUGUAGAAGAUGAAGGCUGUAUCUCAUCUCUCAUAUCCCAAAAGCAGUGCUUAAAAAAAAAAAAAAAAAAGUUCUCCUUUAAUUUCUCUUUCCUAAAGAGAAAGAGUCCCUAAAGUCCCUCUCCCUCAAGUGGCUACCAGAUCUCUCCCUCAUCUUUUCUCUUCUUUCCCCAAAACAUCUUUUCUCCCUCUCUUUGAGCCUUACUUCUCUAUUCUCUUUGAGCACCACCCUCUUUUCCUUUGAGAAGAGUUCUCAGGUGUGCUCCUCUUUCUUCAGCUUCCCUUCCCUUUCAUUAUGUCUGCUCAAUAAAAGCAAAGAACUUUUUUCGGACCUAUCUUUCUUGGGGUGAAGGUGGGUGGGGGGAAAUUAGGGCUAGAAGAUCAUCAUAAUUUUUUUUUUUUCCUUUCUCACAUAAUUCCUGACCUCCUUCUAGGAGUCCUCUGUUUUCUUAUCAUUGCUGAAGAGUCUUUAGUAUUCUUUUACAGAAGAAUCUCCAUUGUCUUCUUUCACUCCAGAUCUAUGCUUGAUGUAUCCUAAAGCUCCUUCUUCACAUUUCCUUUAUCCAUUUUCCUUUCCUUUUUGUUUUUUUGCUUAUGUUAUUUUUAAUAGAUUUCUCUUUACCAAUCUUCUGCGUGUGGAGAGAGGCUGCAUCCAUUGAGGGAAUGGCAUUCAUUGCCCACUGUUGUCACCCAAUGCCUUGUCCUCCCUUGAUUUCCUUCUUGGCUUACCAUCAUUGUCCAUACCUACUUCCCUUCAUUGUCUGUUGUUCUAAUUUUUGUUUGUUUGUUUUUGUUUUUAAGUAGGCCCCAUGCCCAACGUGGGGGUUGAACUCAGGACCCUGAGAUCAAGAGUCACAUGCUCUACCAACUGAGCCAGCCAGGCGCCCCUAGUGUCUGUUGUUCUAGUCUCUUCCUUAUCCAUAUCUUUAAUAACAUUCACUAUUUUUUUUUAAAGUGAUUUUUGGGGUCUCAUUUUUUUCCAGGGGACCUCACAUAAUUCUCUGUACUAUGACCAAAACUGUGUAUGUAGCAUUAAUUUCUGUGGAAUGGGCAUGUUGGUGUUGAGGGGCAGAAUAUCCUCAACCAUGGCACUGAUGUUUUGGGCUAGAUAAUCCUUUGUUGUUGGGGGCCAGUCCUGUGAACUAUGGGAUGUUUAGGAGCAUCCCGACCUCCACUGUGACAACCAAAAAUGUCUCCAGGCAUUGCCAAAUACCUACCUGGAAGGCAAAAUCUAUCAUCCCCUCCCACCCCGCCCCUGCUCAUGUUGAGAACUGUGCUAGAAUAUGGGCUUUCUGAAGUUGACAGAUGUUUAUACUUUUUCUCUCUGACUCCUGAUUUGUUUGCUUAGCCUCGUUUUUCAAAAGUGUGGUCUUUGUCUUACUUGGUAGGAGGUAGCUUCUUAAAAUUGCAGGUUUUUGAGCUCAUCCUAGACCUGUUGAAUCAGAAACAUUGCAAGUGGAAUCUGGAAAUCUGAUUUUUACAAGACACUACUCCCUCUUCUCCCCUAACCAGGUAAUUCUUAUGCCCUGGGCUUGACCCUCCUGUGGCAUAACUGCUGCAUUACCCACAUUUUUUUCCUGCAAAUCUUGCUGGUGCUCCAGCUUUGCUUCCGCUCUUGGCCCCAUGAUGCCAACAAAAAUAGGGAGGCCUCAGGUUACCAGGACAACUGGAGCACAGGAAACCAUAAAAGCUCUACGCUCCCAUAAGCAUCAUGGACUGUGGCUAUACUGGCUUGAUUUCUCCUUAGGGACUCUGUCAUACUUUCUACUUCCCAUCCCCAAACUACCCUGACUGGCAGAUACCCAGGCCCAAGCCACAGACCUGUGGUGGAACAUGCAGUGGGUGGCAUGGAGAAUGGCGAAUGAAGUUUUCUUAUUAACAUUGAUGAUAUUCUGUGUCACCUUGGUGAUAAUUGAAUUUUAUACUGGUGAGAAUUAUAUUCCCCUGAGAGAUGAUGAGAUUACAGGUUUUGAAGUCAGGAUACUUAAUUUAUUUAUUAUCUAUAGUUGCCUCAGUGGACCUUGAGUCUUAGAUCUUUUUGGAUCCCUGGAUAGAUAUUUUCACAAUUAGCUUUGGGUCAAAAGACUUAGCAAUCUACUUCUGAUAAACUGGGAGCAGCUAAUGUUUAGCAAGAAAAGAAUAGUUACCAGAUAAUGAGUUUGAGUUCUAUUUACCUUUCACCAUUAAGCUAGUCAUUUGUUUUAAGGAAGAUCAUCUGGUUUGAUUAAGUCUUUAAAGCCAUGAGUAAAUAAAAAUCUACUUGUACAUCUAAGCACUUAGAUGCUUAGAAAAUGUUGAAUUGAACCAGAACUAGAGCAGGCUACCUCCGUGGAGCAUCUUGGCAGGUCAGAGCAAGAGAGAAUAAAGGGUGAUAAGGGAGACUUGAUAGCUCUUUUCAAACAGCUGAAGGAUUCUCCUAUGGAGGAGGGGCUAGAUUUACUUGCUUUAGGUCCAGAAGGUAGAAUAAGCACCUUUAUUUCAGAUGACAGUGAUAGAGGGACAGACUUCGGUUCAGUAAGAAAGAAUCUUUGAUUAGUUGGUGGAUCUCAAGUUGGAAUGAACUGUAUUGUUAGGCAGUGAAAUAUUUGUGACUGUAUUGUUUAUAUGGAGUUUAGAUUACUGCUUGCACAAGGUUUGGAUGAGAUUUGGGACAUUAAAUUGAGUUGGCCUGGAAAGAAAAGCAGGCAAAUUUAUUGGAGGUCAAUUUACCCUAUUAUAUGAUUUUGUGGCAACUCUUAAAGUCAUUACUGUUUUCCUAGGCACAUCUGCCAAGUUUACCUCCUUGAGUCAUUGAAUAUUAGAGUCGGUAGUAGAAUCUUUAGAAAUUUCUCAAAUGUUGUUCCCUAGUCCUUCGGAGAUUCCUCAAAAAUGCCUCAGAGGUGGCUGAGAGAAGUGAAAUGGAGGCUAGCUGAGGCUCUAAGCCCUUUACCUAUGCUUCAGCCAAAACAAUCUUGCCUUGUUUUUCCCCUAGAAAAAAAGGGUUCCACUGGGGGGAAAAAACUGUAAAAGCCCUGAUAUUCUAAGUUCUUCAUUUUACUGACAGAGUAACUGAGAUAAGGAGCAGGGAAGUGUCUUGCCAGAAGCCACACAGCUAAUAAAUUUCAGAGUUGGAAUUCAAAUUUAGCCCUUCUAAUCCUAGUCUUUGCUCUACUAGUCUAACUUCUUGUAAUUCGGUAAAGUUUCUCUCCAUUUCUCUGGCCCCACUGUAAUUCUGAAUUUUAUUUCUUCAGAUCUAUCCUCCAGGUUAGCCCCUGAACUAUCAGUCUCCCUGCUCUCUAAUCUCUUCUUCUGGUCUAUGUUAUAUACAUGGUUGCCAUGUUAUUCUUCUUGAAACAUUGUCUUUAUCACGGGAUUUCCCUGCUUAAGAACCUUCUCUAGGGAUGCCUGGGUGGCUCAGUCGUCUCAGGUCAUGAUCCCAGGAUUCUGGGAUCGAGUCCCGCAUCAGGCUCCCUGCUCAGUGGGGAGCCUACUUCUCCCUCUGCCUGCCAUUCCCCCUGCUUGUACUCUUCUCUCUCUCUGACAAAUAAAUAAAAUAUUUAAAAAAAAAAAAAGAACCUUCUCUAUAUUGCCUAGAAGAACUUUUCAGCUUGACACAUUGUUAGUAUUCUUUAGGAUUCUCAUUGUUCAACUAGCUGAACUUUUGCCCAAAUCCAUCAUAUUAUGGGUAAUUAAGGGGCUAUAUAGAACAGUGAGAUUAACUGAGUCCCACCCUACUUCUAAACACCAAUUUUGGCAGAAUUUUUGUGUGUACAGUUUUAAUCAGGUGAUGAGAAGAUACAAAAGAGAAGAUUAUAGCUCAUAAACAGCAAGUUGCACAACAAUAUGGAUCAUGUCCAAUUUUUAUGACACAUACAUGCAUUUGUUUAAAAACAAGAAUGGGAUGUGUAGAACUUUUCUGGAAGAAAAUAUACCAAACUGAUAACAGAUGUUAACUCUAAGGAGGGGGAUUGAAGAACAGUGGGGGAUAGUGGAGGAAGGGGGGCGACUUAAAAUAUUUAUUUCUCCACAGAGGAGAGCCUCACAGGGUGGAAGGGAAACCUGAGGAAGCAAGCUUAGAGAUGACAGAGAAGGAACUGCUAAACUGUCUUGCCUAGAUCCACUGCCAACCAUUUCUUUGCUUCUUGCAUCACUCUGCUAAAGAAGUCAAGUGCCAAGAGAUCAUUUGAUUGGCUAAGCUUAAAUCAAGGGCCCAAUGGCUCUAUCGGAUAUAGAGAGAAAGGGUCUGGGAGAAGGAGCACCCCCCACCCCCAGAGAAAGUCCUUGGUUUUGGUGGAGGGAGGGAAAACUUUUGAUUUUCCUCUCCCAACAAAGGUGUACACAGGGGAGUUAAUUACUUGAAAUGACAUCAGAGUACUCUUAGGAAGGGGGCAUGGACGCUGGGAACUAGAAAGGACAAACAUCCACUGAAUUCAUCAUCCCUCCCCUCACUUCUUACCUAUACCUCCAUCCUAGAUCUUUCUUUACUUUUGUCUUAACCCAAGUCCUCUGGUGUGGUUUUAGCAUUUACUGGAGAUUGAGGUGCAGUGAUUUAAGGGGAUGAGGGGGAGAAGUGCAAGACAGGGCAGGUAGAGAGGGCAGGUGGCAGGUUUUACUUUGCUUUCUGCCCUUCCUGUGUUUACACAAAAGCUUUUUCAGUGCCCAGCCAUUUAAAAAAAUGAUCAUAAUAAACACUUAUAAGUCAAGUUACAAAUAAAAACUAUCCAUCUGGCUCUUCUAACAACCUGCCUCUCUGAUGGUGGAGCUAUUCUUCCCCUAUGCCAUAUAGAGUGUGGCCAAGGAGGCAUUUCUGCCCAUUUCGUGUGUGUGUGUGUGUUCCUGCCAACACACAUACCAGGUGAUUCUUCACCCUCUUUGGAAGGUCCAGACCCCAGUCAGAGUAUGUAUUAGAAGUGUUUUGUUUUGCUACAGUGGGAAUUCUUUAUUUUUGAAGCAUUAACCUUCUGAUAAAAAAUAGCUUUCUUCAACUGUUAUCAUUGUUUAGGCCUGAUAUUUUAAAAGUUUGACUUGGGUAAGGGGCACCUGGGUAGCUCCGUUGGUUAAAGGUCUGACUCUUGGUUUCAGCUCAGGUCAUGAUCUCAAGGUAGUUAGGAUCAGGCUCUGCGUCGGGCUCUGCAUUCAACACAGACUCUGCUUCAGAUGCUCUCUCCCUCCCACUCACUCUCAGUCUCUCUCAAAUAAAUAAAUAAAUAAAUAAAUAAAUAAAUAAAUCCUUUAAAAAUCGACUUGAUUGGGUUAAUCACAAGAGGGUGUGCAAAUUCACACUCUAACUUUUAUGAAUUGGAAAACAAAUUCCCUAAGGCAUUCCUUUCCACUGGACAGAGAAUCCAUUCCUCUAGUAUGUUGCAGAAGACUGAUGGACCAAGGAUAAUUCUAUACUACCCAUGGGCUGCUUAACCUCUGUAAUGAUUUGCUGGCCAGCCACUAUUGGUAACAAAAAAGACUUAACUUCUUAACUGUUGCAAAAUAAUUGUUUUUUCAACUUUAUGGAAAUAUAAUUUACAAACAAGAUGAUGUAUGUGUUUUAAGUGUACAAUGUAGUGAGUUUUGACAGAUAUUGGCACCUAUAUAUCAUCUUCCCAGAUUGUAGAAAUUUCUGUUACCCUCCCCCAUGAAUUCCCUUGUUAUCCUUUGCAGUCUCCCAUCACCCCGCUGUAGACAUCCACUGAUCAGAUUUCUAUCACCGUAGUUUCGCCUAUUGUAGAGCUUCAUAUAAAUGGAAUCAUACAGUGUGUGUCCUGUUCUUGGCUUCUUUAACUCAGCAUUAUGUUUUUCAUUUCCAUUCAUGUUUUUGUGUAUAUCAGUAGUCCAUCCCUUUUUAUUGCUAAGCCUUAUUUCAUUGUUGUAUAUACCACGAUUACUUCCCCAGUGAUUAAUGAUGCUGAGUUUAUCCAUUCUUCUGCUGAUGGACAUUUAGGUUGUUUUCCACUUUUUGGAAGCUGCUGUGAACAUUCAUAUCAAGUCUUUUUGUAGACAUAUGUUUGCAUUCUUCUUGGAUAGAUACUUAGGAGUGAAAUUUUAGGACUUGUAUUAAGUGAAUAUUUAACCUACUGUAGAAAAAAGUGUCAAACUGUUUUCUAAAAUGCCUGUACACUUUACACUUACCAGCAUCUUGUGAGAGUUCCAGUUGCUCUGCAUCCCCAUCAGCACUCGGUAUUGUCAGUUUUUAAAAUCAUUCUAGUAGGUGUGAAGUGAUAUCUCAUUGUGGCUUCCAUUUGCGUUUCCCCAGCGAUUAAUGGUACUGAACAUCUUUUCAUGUCCUAAUUUGUCACCAGUAUCUCAUAUUUGGUGAAGUCUAUUUAAAUCUUUUUGCCCAUUUAAAAAAUUGGCAUGUGGUCUGUUGCUAUAAGAGUUCUUUAUAUAUUCUGGAUACAAGUGAGUCUAUGAAUUGUGAGUAUAUGUGAGUAUGUGAAUUGAAAAUAUUCCCUCUAGUUAGUGGCUUGCCUUUUUUUCUUUAUGGUGUCUUUUGAAAAGCAAACGUUUUAAAUUUUGGUGAAGUUUAAUUUCUUACUUUUUUUUUCUUGUACAGUUAAUGCUUUUUGUGCCCUUCAUAAGAAAUCUUUGCUUACACCAAAGUCACAGAUUUUCUCCUGUGUUUUCUUCUGUAUCUAGAAAUAUUAUAGUUUUACCUUUUGUUAGGUCUUUUUAUGUUUAUUAUCCAUUUUGAUCAUUUCCUUUGCCUUUCCUCACUGUAUGACAGACACAGUAAGAAGGAAAGAAUCUGAAAUAAAGGUGAUCCUCUUAAAAAAGGAUAUACUGUAGAAUAGAAAUAUUAAACUUUUGCUCUCUGUA